GCAGAACUCAGAGCUAGGGUUAACAGGUCCAAGGGCCACCCAGGCACUGACUCUUCAGUCAAGGAAGGCACCAUGACGUCUCUUGCUCACAGGAAAUCUGUUUCUCCAACUGUUGGAACACGAAUGAUUUUCACAGGUCCAGAUGGCAUUAAGGAUUAUCGCCCCAAGAUCCCCGAUUUUACUCGUUUUAUAGGAGACAAGCCUCCAGCAUUAGGUGCUACCAGUGAGCUCAAGUAUUUAUGGCGUCCUGCCCCAAUGAAGUGCUUCACCCCAGCUCACAGAAGUAGUUAUGUUGGCGAGAUUGGCUGGGCAGUAAACCAGUUUGGUCUUCCCCAAAUGAACCUUCAGUCAGGCAACAACAUCAAGCUUGGAGAAUUUCGCAAUGCUUCUGAGUUGCGGGCUACUCACCGAUAUCAGAAUCCAUGGCAACCUAAACCUGAGAUCUUGGAUCAACAGGGGCCAGGAAGCCGAAGCUGGCUUGCAUGGAACUGUGCAAACUAUGAGGAUAUUGCCCGAAGAAAUUACCAACGCUCUCCAGGGGUCAAGGACCAGUGGGCAGCCAUGGACUCCUCAUUAGCUCAGCCCAAUUUCCCCAAAAUCUCUCUCACCCCUAAAGAAAUUCGAGUUCCGUGUAAACCAGUCUUUUCUCCCACCUCUUCCGCUCAUCCAUGCCUCACCUUUUCCAAGAAUGGAGAAGCCUAACGGAAUGUGUAAAUUUGGUUGGAGAAAACUCUGUCAUGGCUACAGGGUUUACACUAGAAAAACGUCUUCUGGUAAACUAUUUCCUCAGUUUUAAGAAAGCUUAGCUCCCACAUAUGCAAAAACGGGAGGCAAUCCCUCCCUUCCCAACCCCCCAAAUCUAGUUAGAGCCAACCUCAAAAACUAAGCCUUUCUCCCUUCAGAAUCUGGACUAUGCCCAUUGGAGAAUCAUGUCUGAACAAGGGAAAAUGCACAGUAAAGUCUUUGUUUUUUAGUCAA